AACCUCGCGCUUUCCAAAACAAUACCCGUAUUUUCUGUAUUAUUUUCCGCGUCAUCUCAAAGGCUUGUCCGAAGAUGGCUCGCACGUUGGCUCUCUCUCCGCUCGUCCCUUUGCUCUGUACGUUUCUUCUACUUAGUUCUGCUAGCGGACAAGAGCCCACAGUGACUCUUCUCUCGGGGCAGACUUAUCGCGGCCUUUUGAACAGCAAUCUUACCAUAAACGCCAGUAUAGAUGCUACUGGUAAUGGCUCUUCACUUACUGCUGAAUGGACCCUAGGCCAUACAAAGCUAAGCAUAAACAGCAACGAGAAGUACACUGUUAUGAAUGAGGUGAAUCCAUCCACUGCUGAUGGAUAUGCUUCAUUAACGAUACUUGAGCUCGUUGAAGCGGACGCCAUUGAUUAUACUCUAACUGUGGUGGAUUCUUCUAAUAGGGAAACAUCAGUCACUGCUACAGUAGAAGUACAAGUUCCACCUGCCAUAUUACUUUCUCCUACUAAUACCACUGAUAUAAUACUAAGCACUGUACAAUUAUCAUGUUCCUCCAGAGGCUGGCCAGCUCCUAACAUCACCUGGCUGAAAGACGGGGCUGAAAUCCUUUGCUCUGACGCUAUUUCCAUAUCAACGUUCAGAGGAGAGCGUCAAACAGUCAGUACUCUCGUCAUAGGAGAACUAAAACUAGAGAAUGCCGGGAGCUACCAGUGUAAUGCUAGCAAUGAGCUCAUUAUUGGAAGGAGUGUUUUGUCUGACACUGCUCUCAUUACUGUUUUACGGGGAGGGGCUAACAGAAUAACUAUUACUGAGACGGAUUAUACUCACGUCCGUGUCUCUGUAUUGAAUUUUACUAGUACAGUUAAGUUUGACGAGUCAGUGUAUACUUGUAUGGCAGUUAACAAUAUUAGCAAUGUAUUGGACACACCUGAGACUAAAGCUGUAUUUUUAAGAAUACAAGUUCCUGCUAAUGUCACUCCUAUUUCUCCAUCUCCUUCAUUUGGUGUUGAGGGCCAAUCCAUUGUGCUCACAUUCUCCAUCACACAAGAUGACCCACUCGUAAACACGUCCAACAUUCGCUGGACGUUCAGAGGUCCAGCUGGUUUACUGGAUAUAACUGAAUCGAGUGACUCCCGCUACGAACUAAGCAGUAAUAGAAGAUCACUGGCAAUCAGUCAUUUACUAACGUCUUCUGAUGAAGGAUACUACACUGUGUAUGCCACCAAUGAAGCUGGAACACAAAAUGCUUCAAUACAGUUGAUGGUCGAAGGUCCCCCAAAGGUCUACCAAGUACCGGAAGACUUGAAUGUCCUCGAGAAUUCGACUGCUUUUUUCCGUUGCCUAGCGAUCGGUGACCCCACCCCUGACCACGCCUGGUAUUACAAUGACCAGAGGAUUGUCAGCGAAGAGGAGGGGGGCGGAGACAAAUAUAGUAUCGGAGGCCCUGGUAUUGAUUACGGGUCUUUAAGAAUAAGAAGAACGAGGUUUGAAGACAGAGGAGAAUACACCUGUGUCUAUAAUAAUAGCAUCAAGACUCUGCCAUUAUCAGCUACACUGGGAGUGCAAGGUAACGAAUGA